AUGUCAAAUUCUUUUCAAUGUUUUGGUGAAUUUGGAUUUAUUACAUCAAAAGAAAUUAAUCCAUGUUUUGAAAAUUAUAUUUUAUUCCCAUUACUCAGUUUUUUUUCCAUAUUGUUAUGUUUAUAUUAUUGGAAAACACCUUCAUUGAAAGAAAUAAAAAGUAAAACGUUGUUCAAUUUGAUUUCUUUUAGUUUAAUAAUUUUAUUAAUUAUUGAGUCUCUUCAAUACCCGCAUCACUUGUUUCUUGUUGUUAUUUCAUUUUCUUUAUUUUUAUUAUACCAUUUAUCAGAUAAAGUCAUUAUUUUUUAUCUCCCUUCUUCAUUAUUUUGUAUUAUUUGUUGCUUUCAUCAGCACACUUCUCCUUCUUUACUCAGACUAUUAUGUGCAUUACUUUCUUCAAUUCAAUUGUUGUAUAUUCUCUUCUUUUCUCCUAAGCAAGGAGUUUCUGACAAAAAUUUACUUACACCAAAAUACUCUUUAAAUUUAAUAAAUAAAUGGACAUACUCAUUUAUAACUCCAUUAUUAUCAUUAGCACAAAGUCGUUUAUUAAAUUCAUCUGACCUUCCUGAAUUACCACGUGAAGUACCUGUUUUAGAAAAACAAUUAAAAAAAAGUUCAUUAAUGAAAGCGAUAUUUGUAUGUUAUUUUCCUAGGUUACUAAUGACAGUUCCUUAUUUCAUUAUAAUGAUAGGAACAGAAACAAUUCUUCCUGUAAUACAAAAACAUAUUCUUAUGAAUUUAGAACAAAAUAAAUCUAUUUUAUGGUUAUCUCUUUGUAUGUUAUUUAUUCCAUUAAUUUCUGCAUUUGUAAGACAAAGAAAUAUAUAUUUAUCUUCAUUAAUUCACGUUCAAAUAAAAAAAGAAUUAACUGAUAUUGUAUUUAAUAAAUUGCUUAUUGUACAACAUGCAAAUAACUCUAAAAUAGUGAAUAUUCUUAACAUUGAUAUUGAUCGAGUUGUACGUUUUUUGGUACAUAUUUUUGAUCUAAUUGAUAUUCCUGUUUCAUUAAUAAUAUGUUCAUUUAUGUUGUAUGACCUUGUUGGUACAGCAGCAUUAUAUGGAAUUAUAGGACUUUUUAUUUGUGUUCCAAUAACAUUAGUUAUUGCAAGUUAUCAAAGAAAAAUGAGGUUUGAAUUAAUGCAACUUCGUGAUAAUAGAGGGAAAAUAACAAAUGAAUUACUUUCUAAUAUUCGUGGAGUUAAACUAGAAGGAUUAGUAGAUAUUGCCCAACAACGAGUUGAAUGUUCUAGAGAAAUUGAACAAAAAUUAAUAAGAAAAUUAUCAGUUGUUGAUGGAUGUAUGUUUGGAAUUACUAGACUUCUUCCAGCAAUUAUUUCAAUGAUUACUUUUAGUGUUGCAUUAAGAAGUAUGGAAUUAUCAAGUUCAAUAGCAUUUACAACAUUAUCAGUAUUUCAAAUGUUACAACACCCCUUAAGUUUUCUUCCAUUAUUAGUACUUGGAUUAACUGAAGCUAAAGUUGCUAUAGAACGAAUUGAAAAAUUUUUAAAUAAAAAAGAAUAUGAAGGAAUUAAAAGAAUAAAAGAAGAAGAUAACACUUCAAUUAAAUUAAAAGGAAGUUUUGGAUAUAAAGACAAAAUGAUAUUAAAUGAUAUUAAUUUAGAAAUACAAAAAGGAAAAUUAGUAAUGGUUAUUGGACAAGUUGGAUGUGGUAAAACUACAUUACUUAAUGCAAUUUUAGGAGAAUGUAAACACAAUGAAAAUUCAUUUAAUGGAAUAAAUGGAAGUAUUGGAUUUAUUUCAUCAACUCCAUGGUUAAGAAAUGAUACAGUUCAAGGAAAUAUUUGUAUGGGAAAUGAAUAUAAUGAAGAACGAUUUAAUACAACAAUUAGUCUUUGUCAAUUAGAACCUGAUAUUAAAAUUUUUCAUGAUGGUAUUAAAACACAAAUUGGUGAACGUGGAAUUACAUUAUCAGGUGGUCAAAAACAAAGAAUUGCAUUAGCUAGAGUGAUAUAUAAAUUAUAUGAUAUUUAUUUAAUUGAUGAUGUAUUAUCUGCAGUUGAUCCAAAUGUAUCAGUUAAACUUUUUAAAGAUGUAAUUCAAAAUGAAUUAAAAGAAAAAACAAGAGUAUUAUGUACACAUCAAUUACAAUAUCUUCCAUAUGCAGAUCAAAUUAUUGUAUUAGAAAAUCAUCAGAUUGUUUUCAAUGGAAAUUAUGAUGAUUUUAUUCAAACUGAAUUUAUGAAUACAUUAAAAGAUAUGAAAGAAUUAACAAAAACACCUACUACAUUAUCUCCUAUUCCUAUUAAAAAAGAAAUAAAAACAUUAAAUCCUUUAGAAUCUCCUUCUCAUUUAAAUGAAACUUCAAAUGAAUUAAUGACAAAAGAAACUAUUGAAAGUGGAAUAAUUAAAGAAUCAGUUUUUAAAAAAUAUAUUCAAAGUGUUGGUGGUUUACCAUCAAUUAUUAUUUAUUUAUGUAUUUCAUUUGCUGUUAAAGGUUCAUCAACAUUAUCUGAUUAUAUGUUAACAUAUAAUCCAAUUCCAUUAUUAUAUUAUUUUAUUUUACAACUUAUUUCAGUGAUAUUUACUUUAUUAAAAAGUAUUAUUGAAACACGACUUGGUACAAAAGCAACAACAACUUUACACAAUUCAAUGUUUUAUCAUGUUAUUCAUUCUCCUUUUAUUUUCUUUGACACAACUCCAAUAGGAAGAAUUUUAAAUAGAUUUACUAAAGACAUUGAAACAAUGGAUACUCAAUUAAAAAGAGUACUUUCAAUUUGUAUUCUUCAAGUCCUCACUAUUAUCUUUGUAUUAUUAUUAAACUUACUUUCUUCAAUUCUCUUUAUGCCUCUUUUAAUUAUUUUAAGUUAUGUUUAUAUUUCUAUUAUUAUAUUUUAUAUUGACUCAAGUCAAAACUUACAAAGACUACAAUCAACAACUAAAUCACCAAGACUAUCUAUUAUAUCAGAAAUUGUUCCUGGUUUAUUUACUAUUCGUGCACAAAAUUUAAAUCAAUUAUUAUUUGACCAACAAUCUGAAUUAUUUGAUAUUCAUCAAAGAACUACUUAUUCUAAUUCUCUUGUUGAUAGAUGGUUAUGUUUACGUGUUGAUUGUAUUGGUGCGUUUGUAAUGUUUGGGAGUGUUAUUGCAGCUUCACUUGGUGGUGCAUCAGUAGCUGGUUUAGCAAUCUCCUAUGCAAUGAAUGUAACUCGGUCAUUAGUGUUUUUAAUAAAAACAUUUUCUGAUGUACAAAGUAGUUUUGUCUCUGUUGAACGAGUUUUAGAAUAUUGUGAAUUACAAACUGAAGAAGACAUUGACCAACAACAAAGAGACUCUUUAAUUGACUUUGAUCCAUUACCAAUAACCAACAAUAAAUCAACAGAAUUAAACACCCCUCAAAUUAAUGUUGAAGACUUAAUUCUUAAUAAAAAAUGGCCUAUUGGAAAUAUCGAAUUUAAACAUAUUACAAUGAAAUACAGAAAAGAAUUACCUGAUGUUUUAAAAGAUAUUUCAUUUAAUAUUCAUCAUGGAGAAAAAAUUGGUGUUUGUGGAAGAACUGGAAGUGGUAAAUCAUCUCUUUUACAAGUAUUGUUUAAAACUGUUUCAAACGUUAGUGGAACAGUGAUGAUUGAUGAAGUACCACUAAAUCAAAUUCCACACCAUAUAUUAAGAGAACAAAUAGGAAUAAUACCACAAGACCCAUUAGUAUUUCAAGGAACUAUUAGAGAAAAUAUUGACCCAUUUAAAAGAAAGUCAGAUAAAGAUAUUUAUCAAAUCUUACAAGAUAUGAGUUUUGAUAAAGAGUUUAAAGGUCUUGAUGACUUAGUUGAAGAAAAUGGAAAGAAUCUUAGUUCUGGUACCAAGCAAUUACUGUGUAUUGCACGAGAAUGUCUUAGAGAUUCAAAAAUCAUAUGUAUUGAUGAAGCAACUUCUGGUGUUGAUUAUGAAACAGAUCAAUGUAUCCAAAAAAGUAUCAGAACGUUUAUGAAAGAUAAAACAGUUAUUACUAUUGCUCAUAGAAUUUAUACGAUUAUAGAUUACGAUAGAAUUAUUGUUAUGGAUAAUGGUAUUGUUCAAGAGUUUGAUACUCCACAAAAUCUUUUAAACAAUACAAAUAGUUUGUUUUAUUCCUUUGUAAAACAACAAAAUGAAGAACAUUAA